AUGGGCUACAGCUUAAGUAACGAGUUAUUCAGUGCCGGACUUUUGGCUACAUCGAGGAGUGAGAAUGCAAAUAAAGUAUUAAAACAAGCCGGUAGCAAGAGUAGCACUUUAUAUGAGUUCGUGAUGAAUUAUGAAAAAGUUCAGAAUCAGUGGCGCACAAAAGAGAAGGUUGAAGACACUCGUUGUCGUCAUGGCAAACCUUCUCAAAUUCUUAAGACCCACCCAUUGCUUAAUCAGGCUGCAAGUAUGUACACGCUUGCCAUUUAUGGGUUGUUUGAGAUUGAACUUGUUAGUUCUUUGAAUCGCAAAUUUGAUGGCCAACCUUUUAGUAAUGGUAAUGAUGGUUCUUCACUAGAGUUUCGAGUGAAAUCCCACAGUGAUAGCUUAAGAGUAAGGCAUGUUUCGAUGAAUACUCAAACUAAUGAGACAAGGUGUAGUUGUCACAAGUUUGAGACCAUGGGAAUUUUGUGCAAGCAUGUUUUAAUGGUGUUUAACUACAUGGAUGUAACUGCGAUACCAGAGGCUUUUCUUUUGAAGAGGUGGAUGAAAUGUGCAAGGUUGAGGAUUUUUAAUGAUUUCAAGGCUACUAAUGUUUCUUGUGGAAGUGGUGAAGAAUCCGAUCUUGUCUUUGUAAACCAAGUAAUGAGAACGGCUUAUAAUCUUGCUCACAUGAGCAAAUCUCACUUGGAGGCACGGAACAUGUUGACCACAAUGCUUGAUUCGACAAGAGACCAAAUUGUUGAUUUUAUUCAAAAUUUGGAUCUUGAAGAUUCGGGUAUGCAUGAUGAUGUUGAAAAUGAGGGUAACGAGCAGAGGAUUCAUAUACGCAAUCCACUUACGGCCAAGUCGAGAGGAUUAACUAAUGCAUGCAUUACUCGUCAUUGGGAUAAAAAUAGCAAAAAGGGAAAAAAAAUUUUGAAGACGCAUGGGGAUACUUCAAGUGAAAAAGGAUCAAAAAGAAAAGUUCAAAGUACACAAGGCAUUCAAAGCUCCUCACAGAAAUCGUCACCUCGAGUUCGUAAUGUGCCGCUACCUCAGUUCCCUAGUACACCGCUACCCCAGUUCCCGAAUGUGGCGCCACAUCAAUUUCCAUUCCAAGCUCCACAAUUUUCACCUCAGUCCGGGGAGGCACUGAAAAUAUACAUGGUCAACUCAAUUUAUUCGGAUAUCCAUUUCCGCAUUCAUCUCAGUCCAGAAAAUGGCGAGGCCUUGGAGGGAGAAGAGCACGGGCCAAUCAUCGUCAUCGGUUUUCCGAUCGCCGGUGGCGGCGGCGAUUGGCUAGGAGUGGCGGCGGGCUUCGUCUUCUUUCCCUUGUUCCACCGUGGGUGGUUCUUCUUCUCCGUGAAUCCGCUCACGGGAAAUCGCCCCUUUUGA